CCCCGGUCAGCACUGAGGCGUGUGGGCAGACGUGAGGAGCUUUCCCCAAACCCUUCAUCAGGAAAGAGAGAUGGUGCUCCCGAGCUCGCUGGUGGCGGUGGCCUGGCUGCUGUCGCAGGGGACCCUCUCCGCCGUGCUGGUGCGGCCGCUGGAGGAGACCUGGAGAGCCUGGAAGGCUACGCAUGGGAAGGAGUACGCGGAGGGCGAGGAGGCCGUCCGGAGGGGCAUCUGGGAGAAGAACCUGCGGAUGAUCGAGCGGCACAACCGGGAGGCGGCGCUGGGCAAGCACUCCUUCGAGCUGGGCAUGAACCACUUUGGCGACUGGACUAACGAGGAGUUCAACAAGCUCAACGGCUUGCGUCCCGAACUGGGGAGGCGAUCCAGUGGCCAGGGAACUGUUUUCAACGGGCUGCCCGAUGCGCAGGUUCCCAGCUCUGUGGACUGGCGUGAGGAAGGCUAUGUCACCCCCGUGAAAAACCAGGGCAGCUGCGGCUCUUGCUGGGCAUUCAGUGCUGUCGGGGCCUUGGAGGGCUUGCAUUACAAGACAGAUGGCAAGCUGGUUGGUCUGAGCGAGCAGAACCUCGUUGACUGCGCCUGGACGUACGGCAACAAGGGAUGUAAUGGUGGAAACCCAACAAACGCUUUUGCGUACGUGAUGAACAACCAGGGCAUUGACUCAGAAAAGGCCUACCCCUACCAGGAAAAGGAUGAAAGGUGCCUUUUCAAUGAUAGUACAGUUGCGGCUGCGUGUACCGGCUUUCUCACAAUUCCAGAGGGAAAGACAGAAAUAUUGCAGGAAGCAGUGGGACUCCUUGGUCCAGUGUCCGUUGGAAUUGAUGCCUCAAGCAUGGAAAUGCAGUUCUACCGGUCAGGGAUCUUCUACCUGCAGGGGUGUGGCGAGUCAGUGAACCAUGCCGUGCUUCUGGUUGGGUACGGCAGCACCGAAGACGACCUGGACUAUUGGAUCGUCAAGAACAG